GCAGUGUAAUUUUAUACAUUACUGAAUCAGUGCAGGCGAAUCCUGGAGGGACAAAGCAACAUCUUGGCUUUAGACUGCAAUAUAAGAUCCUGACUGAUCUCCCAUUACAGCCAUGCUCUGAAAAUAUUCUAUCAUAUUUUUCCUUCAUUUGGGUGACUGAUAAAGUAAUCUGGUGAUGGCUCUUGUAAUGGAACCUAUUAGCAAGUGGAGCCCCAAGCAAGUAGUAGACUGGAUGAAAGGGCUGGAUGAUUGUCUACAGCAGUACAUCAAAAACUUUGAGAGGGAAAAGAUCAAUGGAGAGCAGUUGUUACACAUCACGCAUCAGGAGCUGGAGGAACUGGGUGUCACACGAAUUGGUCACCAGGAACUGAUCUUGGAAGCCGUUGAUCUGCUGUGUGCUUUAAACUAUGGUCUGGAGACGGAAAACCUGAGGACUCUCUCACAUAAGCUUAAUGCCUCUGCCAAAAACCUACAGAAUUUUAUAACGGGUAGAAGGAGGAGUGGACAUUAUGAUGGAAGAGCCUCCAGACGAUUGCCAAAUGACUUUCUUACCUCUGUUGUUGAUCUGAUUGGUGCUGCCAAGAAUUUGUUAGCGUGGUUAGAUAGGUCUCCGUUUGUAAGUGUGACUGAAUAUUCACUGCUAAAAAACAACAUUGUUCAACUGUGCCUGGAAUUGACCACCAUUGUGCAGCAGGAUUGCACUGUGUAUGAAACAGAAAACAAAAUUCUUCAUGUAUGUAAAACUUUAUCUGGGAUCUGUGAUCACAUCAUUUCUCUCUCGUCGGAUUCUUUGGUGUCACAAUCUGCUCAUUUGGAAGUUGUUCAUCUCACCAACAUUAUGCCCAGCGAAGGAUUGGGAAUGUACAUCAAGUCUACAUAUGAUGGACUGCAUGUGAUUACUGGAACUACAGAAAACUCUCCAGCAGACCAGUGCAAGAAGAUUCAUGCAGGUGAUGAAGUCAUUCAGGUCAACCAUCAAACUGUUGUGGGCUGGCAGCUAAAAAACUUAGUAAAUGCUUUGAGAGAGGAUCCUAAUGGAGUCAUCUUAACCCUAAAGAAGAGACCACAGAAUACUCUGGCAUCUGCCCCUGCACUGUUAAAAAAUGUUAGGUGGAAACCACUAGCCCUUCAGCCUUUAAUUCCAACAAGUCCUACAAGUGGCAACACUACUCCUACUGGAACAAUAGGAAUGCAGUCCAAAGUAGAUAGCUCAAAUCUACAUGAUGUAUUCAUCCUUUCUCCUGUUUCAGGACUGUAUGGUCCAAGGGAUGAAAUUGGAAUUGUGUCGUGCGAUGACAUCAAUAAGUAUGGAGUAGGAAAGUCAGGAAUGAAAGGCUCUGAAUCACCAAGCUAUUUCAUAGAACAUGAAAGUGGCAAAUAUUACACUUUAAUUGAAGGUGAGGGACAUCAAGUUGGCUCAGAGUAUGAAAGAGGUAGAUCAACAGGGGUGCGGAGAAGAGAAAAGACACCAACACACGGUGAUCUCAGGCCUGUUUCUAUGCCGACAGAAUACAGCUGGUUAGGGGAAUCCAAGGAGCCAAAUAUGUACAAAAGGGGUAGUAGAGACUCUGAGAAUUCCCUCCUGCGUUACCUGAGUGAUGAUAAAAUCCUAGUGAUCCAAGAAGAGCCAGUUACACAGAAAGACAACAAACGGGACACAGGGCGCAGGUCAAGAAAAAAAGGGAAGAACACAGGUAGCCCGAGCUACCCUAUCAGUCCAUCAAUAUUAACCUCCACUGGACGCCUAGACCCUGCUCAGCAAGAUGUCUUGGCGUUUUCCCUGGCUGAGAGCAACACUGUUCCAUUAUACCAUAGAACGGGUGACACACUUGGUGGAGACUCAGAGAGGUACACAACUUCAGCUGCCGAGCGCCAAGGAAUCACAUCGAUGAGGAAGUCUUUCCAUUCCGCAUCUUUGAGGGUUAAAACGAAAAAGAGGUCAAAAGGAAGCUCCCUAACUGGUGGAAGCAGAAGGCGGAUUUCUUGCAAAGAUUUGGGUCAUGGUGACUGUGAAGGCUGGCUGUGGAAAAAGAAAGAUGCCAAAGGUUACUUCACACAAAAGUGGAAAAAAUACUGGUUCAUUCUUAAAGAUUCUUCACUGUACUGGUACACAAACCAAAAUGAUGAAAAGGCAGAAGGCUUUAUUAGUUUACCUGAAUUCAGGAUAGAUCGGGCCAUUGAAUGCAGAAGGAAACAUGCCUUCAAAGCAUGUCAUCCGAAAAUCAAGAGCUUUUUCUUUGCUACUGAUUGUCUUGAAGAAAUGAAUAGGUGGAUGAACCGUUUAGGCCUUGCAGCAAUUGGUUACACUCCAGAUGAAAAGGAUACCAGGCCAAAUGAAGCAGAUUAUUGGAGUGAAAGCGACCAGGAUGACAUUGAUGGCUCAAUGACCUUAAGGCAGGAAGCUCCAUCAACAAUUAAUUCGUCCAGUCCAUUUCCUGAGCCAAAGCAUGGGCGCCAUUUUUCAAGUGAGUCAACAUAUUCCCACUCUUCUGCUGAAGAUUCAAGACAGGAUGCCACUGGAAGUACACAUUCUUCUGGGUGCAGGCCCAGUUACAGGGAAAGACGCUCUUGGCAAGAUCUAAUUGAAACACCUUUAACCAGUUCAGGACUUCACUUUCUGCAGACUGUACCUUCUGAUGGAGAAUAUAUAGCAGGGCAAACGGGAAUGUCCCCAGAAAGAAGGAGACAAGCCACACUUCCAGUUCAAAGGCGCCACAAUAACGAAAGAGAUGGACCUUUCCCUCUAACAGAAUGUCCUAGGGGGCAUACAUCUCACGCUAGGACACAAAAGCAACGCAGCCAAAGCCUGCCAAGGAACAGGGACGUUAAAAUUAAGAGUCGUGGAAAGAACACAGACCAGCUUGAAGAGAAAUCUGAAGAUGAACUUUCAAAAAGGACUCAUAGCAAUUCUGAUAAAGAAGAAAGCAAGAAAGAAAACAGGUCUAGCACUGAUGGGCUUCAAGAGCUCUACAAAACUUUGGAACAAGCCAGCCUUUCCGCGUUUGGGGAACAACGGCUUUCGACCAAACAGGAGUUCAGGCGGUCUUUUGUAAAACGGUGUAAUGAUCCAGUCAUGAAUGAAAAGUGCCAUCGAAUUAGAGUCUUGAAAAGCACUUUAAAGGCAAAAGAAGGGGAACUUACAGUCAUUAGCUCUCUGCUAGAAGACCCACACUUGUCAGCUAAGAGAUUUAAAGAUUGGAAGCAAAAAAACUUAGAGUUUUUCUUGGACAUCUGUGAGUACAGCGGAACCCUGAAACCUCAGAACGGUGCCUCUGAACUUGCAACUUCAGCGCCCCUAGUGGCACAUACACAUUCAUUUAUUGAAACGCACGUCUGACCAGUAGCAGCACCAUGAACAAUAAAUUUGCUAGGUGCCACCAGAAAAACACUGUAAUCUUUGUAUAUAAUGUAAUCAAGUAUAUUGUACAUAGACUGGAUAAGAGAAUAGUGCCACAGGAUGCCUAUGACAUUGCAUGAAAAAUCAGUAUUAUUAUUAUUUCCUAAGUUAUUUUUCCUGUAUGUACAAAGAUCUGCAUAUAUGUCGAAUUACUGUACCAGGGAGGGCCAAUGCUACUGUUCAAGUACCUCCCUAAAAUAUUUUAUAUAUCUAGAUACAGUGCUAUUAUCAGGGAGUGCCGGAGUACACCACUGACUAUGGGCAAGGAAAAUCCAAUUGUAUUUCUGCUCAGUUAGUCGUGGUGGGGCCUGGUCACUCCUUUCUUGCACCAGGCAUGAGGGUUUCUGCAAGGGACCCUGUUUAGAUAUGCAAUCACUCUCUGGCUUUUUUUCCUGUAUCUAUGUAUAUGAAAUGCAAAAUGGCAUACAGUAGUAUUAAUUAAUUUUGCAAUACUAUAACUGAUAACAUUUUUACAGUAUUGCCCAUGCCCUUUGGGUGCCAGAGGUGUUUUGGAUUACAGAACCUUUCUGGUUUAGAAUUCAGACAGCUUUUUUCGUCACUAUAAUCAUUACACUUUUUUGUAGACUUCUAAAAUAUCUCUAGGAGUUGAAAGAGGUCCCAGACAAAGAGGAAUGGCUCAGCCCCUUAGUGCCUUAAGAUGUGUCUUGUGCAUCCUGCAAACAGCAGCUUUCUUGAUCUAUGUGAUGUGUGUUGGGCUUAGAUCCAACUUCCAGGGAAGGCUUUCAACUCUUAUUGAACUGUUUAAGGGAUGCUCCAACUUAAGGUGGCUUUCAGUCAGCUCGGAAAGUCUGUUUUGAAGUGCUAGAUGUCUUUGCAGGAUUAUCAAUCUCUCCACUGUGAAUUUAAUGCCACUAUCCUGUGACUUAAGAAACUAACUGAUGUUGUCUUGAAGUUUGGAUGGGAAUUCAACCAGGCAGGGGUGUUCUCCAUAAAGGAAGAGCAACGUGAACUGUAUUCCUAAUGAAAACGAGCUUAUAGUGCAAACACAGAGCUAGGAAAAAAGGAAACAAGGUGAACUAUCCAAUACGUAUAAUGGCAGUAGGUGCUGUUCACUUGGUUCUUCCAGCUAAUAGAUAGCAUAAAAUCAAAUGUUUGUGGGUCAGAACUGUCUCCAGUUAAUUGUUAAUUUCUUCUCUCCAAGCAUGUAUCAUUGUGAUAAGCCCUAUAUUUGAAGGUGAGCAGUCACAGACUGUAGUAGGUGUUUAAUAAAUCAUGUGUCACAAAUAGAUUUAAUGGAUUUAUACUUAUAGUUUAUGAGAGAUCAUAUUUGCUAGCGUGCUUUCUCAAGCUAGCAUUUUCCCUGCUGCACACAACUGAAUCAUAUUCAAUAACAAUUUGUUCAUAUGGUACAACCUAGUGCUCCUGAUAUAAGGCUGAGCACCAGAGCAUGAGUGACUUGUUCAAAGAAAAGUUAGGUUCCAUUUUAUUCAUAAAACAUUAACUAUAUUAAAAAAUCUAUAAGAUACAAAUAAUAAAGCCUAUUUUUAAAACAGGUUUGUUUCAUAUCCUCUACAGCAUGGAAUUUUCUUUUGUCACAAUGACAGUUUGCCUUCAACAGAAUAUAAGCCUGUAAUGAUCUCAACUGUCUGUAGCAUUAUGCCAUUUCUACUAAUCAUAUGCUGUAAUCCAAGAUUUUCACUUUUGUUUAUGGAAUCCAGUUAAAGAUGUGAUGACACUGCAGAUGACAAUAUGAAAUUGUUUUACAAAACGCAAAUCUUGUUUUUAUCUAAUCAAAACAGACUGUGCUCAAACAAGAUUUUUUUUCCCAAAAGAAAUAGUUUGCUCAACCAAUUCAAUCAAUUGAAAGGUAUCAUUUCUAAACAAGGAAGAUGAUGUUACUUGUUUAGUUCGGUAUGGUAACGUUUAUUAAAAAGGGAGGUGAUGCAUGCAAAAGUAGAAAAUUUCUGAAAAAAAAACCAGUAAUAUAAAAUGUGUUGAGGCAACAUGUUUCUAAACAAUGUCAAAAGCUCCAAGACAAAACAUUUCCUGUUAUUCCCUUUAUGAAUUAUUAAAGUGUUAACUAGGCAAAUUCCUAAAAAAUAUAUAAUGAUCAUUGCCAAACAUGAAACUACACAAACCCCACAUGCUGAAUACCCAAAAGAGAACACAUUACUUUCUUAGGCAUCAUCUUUUGGAUGCAUCCAGGUAUUAGAGACUCUAUUUACUGCACCACUGAUCCAUGAGAUUUCUAUCAUGAUGUUUUUCUGGUAGCUGAAACAGUGUUCAUAGAUGCUCUUUAUAAAUGUGCAUAGUACAAGGACCUUCUGUUUUUGUACAGCACCCCCCCCCCACUCUUUUCAUGGGUUUUAAAGGAGAUUGCUAAAUUGUACACAUUUCAAUGCAUUAAAGGCGUUUAAGUUAACCUUUAGUAUAUUAUAGAAUGACCUAUUUAUAGCAACUUUUCAAUUGAUUUUAAUUUUUUUUUUAUAUAGUUUUCCUUUUCCAUCUUAUUCCAACUUUUGCUCUGUGAGUCUACAGUUUCAUUGUUUUUGACACUUUUUAUUACUUACUCUUUAUUACUUACUCUUACUAUUCAAGCCCCUACUAUUUAUAUUCCUGUCUCUUAUUCAAGAUACUUCCUGGCUGCAGAGAAAUUUGACCGUAUCAACCAGACACCUGGUGAAAUUGCAGACUGGAAAGAAGCUGAACAAAAUAGUAGAUAAUUGAAAAAAACACAAAUUGCUAAUUGUCUCAGAAUAUUACUGUCUGCAUAAAGUUAAGAUGAACUACCCCUUUAAGCGGGUGUAAGGCACACUAAAGGCCAAGCCAAGUCAGACCAAAAAGUUAAAAGGAAAAAAAAUUUACUUAAUUGAACAAUCAUCUCAAGCCUUACGUAUUUUGUGUCUAUGCAACACUUAAUUAUAGAGCCUAUGAUUCAAGUGUCGCAUAAAACAUGCUUAGAACAGUAGCUACCAAAUAAGAGCACUCAAUAGGAAAACAAAUCAGAAGCAAAUAUAGAAGUCACUAGUCCUUGCUUCUAGAUCCUGAGAAAAACAGCUUAUUAAUCAUAAACGUAUACAAAAUGUUUGUAUAAGGGUAUUCAGAAACCAUGGGGCCCAUAUAGAAAUCUCUUAAAAUGUGUGGUUUUCUGAUUUUUUUAAUAUGACUCUUUAUUUUGAAUUGUUUUUCUAACAUUCAUGUUCAGCAUUUAAUUUGUUACCUUCUCUAUGGAGCAGUUCUUUUUAAGGGGUGGUUGCAGACAUCAUAAACUGUGCUGAACUGAUAUGUUCGUUGAUACAUUUCUUAACUUCAGCAGUACCGAGCACAGCACCAAUCAUCUAAAAAAAUCAUCAUUUCUUUCGGUGUACUGUGUAAAAACAACUGCAACUGUCCCUUUAAAUGGUUUUUAUAUUGCCUUUUAGAAAGUACAAUAAGGGGCCUAUUUAUCAUUC